UUGUUCCUUUUAUUUUAUUUUAUUCAAAAGAUAAAUGUCGUUUCAACUAUCUAGUGUAUGGCAAGUUCUUGGACCUUUUCCUAUUGGGAUGCGGGAACAAGACUUUGGUGCUGAUCCUUUGGAAGCUUAUGGUGGAUUCAGUCAACUCAAAUAUUCAAAGACAAGUCAAUUCCCAAGUGAACUUUCUCCUAAAGGUCAAGUUGGUUGGACUAAAGUCAAGUCUAUAGAUAAUGUUGUAGGACCAUUACUGUUUCCUGACAUACGAUGGGAACAAAAUGGGAUUCCGUUUGGAUGGUCUAUUGAACAAUAUCAAGCAUGGGCAAGAGGAAAUUUGAAAAUUAGCAAGAAAAGUCAUAUCCUAAUUCAAUUACAUGGUGUUACCUCUUUUUAUAUCAAUCAACAAAAAUACUCAGGUGAUCUUUAUGGUUAUAAAUCAACUUUACAUUGGGUAGAAUUGGAAACAGGGACAUAUUCUUUGGAAGUACGUUUGGUACAUGAUGUUCGAGUUUUUGGUGGUGGUAAUAAAAAUGGUCCUCAAUGUCAAUUCUCUAUUUCUAUUUAUCCCUUGGAUUGUGGUACUAUGGUGGAUGACGCUCUUUUUCCUCGCCAACAAUAUCAUCGAUUCCAUUCUAAUACAUCUACAGCUAAUACUACUACUCUUUUGGGUCGCGAUAUGAUCAAACAAGUACUUAUGCCAUCCUUUAUUCAAUAUCAAGGUUUUGCUGGUCAUUUUGGAAGUGUCUCUAUUCACAAUCUAAUUCCAGAAACAUUACAUGUGGUCUCUAUUCGACUGGUGUUUCAAGCUUAUCAUCAUAUUUCUGAUGUUAUUACUGUUUUGCGACCUGCCAUUUUACUUCAACGAUCAAAUCAUACCACUAUGGUCAAAGGACAACAACGACGGAUAGGAUUUUCUUUUGAUUUAAAAAACAAUACUGUGCAUGACGAAACUCUAUUUUUACAAGCAAAUAAGGUUCAUGUCAAGGUGAUUGUAACAUUUGCUACAUCAACAAACACAUUUACCCUAGUAGAUGACAGUACCACAAUCAACUCAAUAGAUUGGAAUCAGAUGAAUACUAACAAUCGCAACAAGGCAUCCUCAGUAGAAGCAACAACAACAACAACUCUCCCAACAUCAUCUGUAUUUCUUUAUACUUUUUUGGACUUUGAUGGAUCAGUGCAAUAUGCAAAAGCCAAACGACCAAAAGUCCUGGACGCGAAUGAAAAUAAACCUAUUAUUUUGGCGCUUCAUGGUGCUGGUGUAGAUGUUGAACAUGAUACUUUUUGGACUGACUCUAUUGAUGCUCAAGAUUCGGUUUGGAUAGUAUUUCCUACUGGAAGAACGUCUUGGGGAAUGGAUUGGCAUGGACCAAGUAUGAAAAACGCAUUUUAUUCAUUGGAAGGACUCGCCGAAGUGAUGGAUCUAUUAUUCUCUAGAGCCACUGAUGGAAAUCGAAGUCAACCUUCUGAUGACCAAGAUUGGAUUGUAGUAGAAAAAAGUGAAUCUUUUUCCAUUGGGAAUAUAAACAGAUUGAUUUAUAUGGGUCAUAGCAACGGUGGGCAAGGCGUCUGGUAUCUGGCUACUCAUCAUCCUGAUCGAGCUAUCGCUGCUGUAGCUGCAGCAGGAUAUGUGAAGAUUCAAGAUUAUGUCUCUUACAAUAAUUGGAUUAGUCAUUCGCAUAUAGACCCUCUCUUAUUUGGUGUACUCGAAUCGGCUUACGCUGAAUAUAACAAUGAUUUGCAUCUUUCAAACAUGGUUGGACUUCCUGUUUUAGCCAAGUGUGGAUCUGAAGACGAUAAUGUGCCUCCUUUACAUUCACGCAAAUAUGUCCGUUUACUCAAUGAAUACAGCAAAAACCCAAAUCUUAUAAAACUGUCUGAAGUGGAAGGAAAAGGACAUUGGUGGGAUACUGUGCUCAAUGAUCAAGAAACCAACGAUUUUCUCAAGAAAAUAAUUCAACAAAAUGAUAAUUUACAACCAUCAUCAUUGAAUCAGCAUCAUUUUAUUAUCACCACAACAAAUCCUGCUUCUCUUGGGGUUGUACAUGGAAUUCAAAUUGAACAACUCUUGAUUCCUUAUAGAAAAAGUUCUCUUGUUGGAGAUAUGGACACGGAAAACAAUUCGCUAAAUUUGAAAUCUCUCAAUGUAUCGGCAUUCAAAAUAUGCAAUCGCAAGGAAAGUACCAUUACUAUUGAUCAAAUGGUUUUUCAUCAUGUGAAUCGAAAGGAAGGAGUUCUUUUUGUAUUGGAUAAUAAUGGAAAAUGGAUGAUCGAAACAAGCAAAUGGCCAAAACGUGGUGAACGAAGCAGACUUUCCUAUGGACCUAUUCAUCGUGUUUAUGAAUCAAGCAAACCAUUGAUGAUUGUGAUACCUAAUCAAAGCCAGUCUUCAACAAUUGAUAAUUAUCGUCAUCUCGCUUUACAAAUAUCUCAUGAUUGGUAUCUCUAUGGGGGAGGGGAUUCGAUGAUAGUGACGGAUGAUCAUCCUCUUGUGACUUUUGAAGAAAUUGAAAUGGAAUCAACAGAAACGAUGAACAACAGGAUAUCACCAUUCUUUUUCCGUAUUUAUCUUGAUAUUGGGAACGACAAUCAAGCCGUAUCACAAUUAUUAGGUUUGAAUGGAAACAAUGUGGAUAUAGAAAUCAAUCAUUCAGCUAUUCAAGUGGGUUCUAGAUACUUUGAUCGUCCUGGAUCAGGUAUUUUAUUCCUUAGUCCUGGUAGUUUAAAUGAAAUGGCGAUCGUGAUCUCAGGACUUGAUUUAGAAGGAUUACAAUUGGCGUGUCAAUUAUUACCACGACGUACCGGUAUGUUAAUACCAGAGUGGGUGGUUACAAGUCCGUUAACAAAAGAACAAGGUGUUGGUGGCAUAUUAGGUGCAGGAUAUUUUGGAAAUAACUGGCAAGCAUUUGGAUACUAAUGACUUCUUGUAUUUAGAUAGGUUGAUAGUUUAGACAUUUUAUUAUUUUUAUUAUUAUUAUUAUUAUAAAAUGUUACUAUUGAUG